AUGAUUACCACUCAAUUUAGUCCACUUCUUGAAUUACAUGAGGGAUCAUUGCUGUCUCGUUAUAUUUUGAUUGGAAGAGCCGAUUUCCUCUAUUUCUAUUCGACAAUAAACCAUUGGCGGUUAUUGGGCACUUUGGCGCCAAAAUCUACUUCAAAAAUGUUGACACCCUACCAGGAAUCAAUAGCACGUUUGAAUGGUUUACAAAGUAAUGCAGGAACAAUUCGGAAAUUACUAAACGAGCGUGGCCAAAUGCCCGAUAUAAAUUGUAUUUUGACAAAAUGGUGUCUCGAGAAAUGCAAUAUUGAACUUGAAGAAAUUGACAAAUUGAACGUAAUACACGUGAGUGGCACGAAAGGCAAAGGCUCAACGUGUGCAUUCACUGAAUCAAUCCUACGACAACUUGGAUUUAAAACUGGCUUCUAUAGUUCUCCACAUCUUGUACAUGUUCGUGAACGCAUCAGAAUCAAUGGUGAUCCAUUAUUGGAGGAAGAUUUUGUCCGAUAUUUCGAGCACAUUUAUAACUCCUUGAAAAAAGCAGUCGAGGAAUCAGACAAAACUGUAACGAUGCCUUCAUAUUUCAAAUUUCUCACGGUAAUGGCAUUUCACGUUUUUAUCAAGGAAAGAGUUGAUGUUGCAAUUGUAGAAGUUGGCAUUGGUGGUGAAUAUGACUGUACCAAUAUCAUUCAAAAUCCUGUAGUCUGCGGUAUAACUACUUUGGACUACGAUCACACAGCAAUGCUUGGUUCGACGAUUGAAUCAAUUGCUUGGCACAAGGCAGGUAUUUUCAAAAAUGGUAGUACAGCUGUCGUUUCUGAACAAUCCGACGCAGCAAUGCAAGUGAUAAGAGAACGAGCAACUUUUAAAAAUUGUGUUAUGCACGUAGCUCCAUCAUUCAAUGCAUAUGAUUGGCCAAUUAGUGAUGUUAAAUGUGGUAUAUCUGGUAUCCAUCAACAGCUGAAUAUAACACUUGCAUUUCAACUGGUCAAGCUGUGGCUAGAAAAAGUUCGCAGAUUUACUGAUUUGUUCAAGAAUACCCAGUUAUUAAAUUCAGAAGUGUUGCCUGGUUUUGUUGUACCGCAGAAAUUUCUGGAUGGUAUUCGUUUAUGCCGGUGGCGAGGUAGAAGUCAAAUAAUCAAGCGUGGAUCGGUAACAUAUUAUCUUGAUGGAGCGCAUACACCGAAAAGUUUGGAAUGUUGCAUGAACUGGUUCUUGAAUGAAAAACAAAGAGCGAGGAGAUCAUGGAAAUAUGAUCCAUUCCAGAUAUUGCUAUUUCACUGCACAGGCACCAGGAACCCUGCUACAUUUCUAUCAGAAUUAAACAAAUGUAAUUUCAAUUUGGCAUUAUUUUGUCCACCUGGAUUGAACCCUGUGACAGAUCAACAUUCUGAUCGAGACGAUUACACUUGUUCAGAUCGUGAGCAAUUGACGAGAGUCGCAAAUCAUGCCACCAUGUGGAGAGAUUUUGGAUUUGGUGAUUCGAGAGCUGAAGAAUUUGAUUGUGUACAGAAGGCAAUGGAGAGAAUUGAAAAAUUGAGAAUUGCAAAAAAUGAAGUCAUUGUUUUGGUAACAGGUAGCUUGCAUCUUGUUGGUAGUGUCCUUGCUGCUCUUGACUUUCAAGUUUGA